AUGGUGAAUGAGCUGCACAUGCCGCCUCAGAUGGUGAACAGCAUGUUCCCUCGGCUAGAUGACCUCACAGACGUCCAUAUGGAAUUCCUGCGCACACUGCAGAUGCUGCAGAGCAAGAGGCCAGACAAGAUGAUCGAUGAAAUAGGGGCCACACUAGUGGGGCAGUUCUCUGGAGCCUUUGGAGAUAAGAUGAAAGCAUCGUAUGGGAUGUUCUGUAGUGCCCAUCUGGAGUCCGUGCAGAAUUACAAAGACAUGAUGAUGAAAGACCGGAAGUUCCAACAAUUCAUAAAGACGACGACAGAGCACCCGAUGUGUCAGAAGCGAGAGAUCCCUGACUUCAUCCAGAUCAUCACACAGAGGCCCACCAAGUACCCGAUACUCAUUGACUCCAUUCUGCAUUCUACAAAAGAGAAGAAGGAAUUGGAGCAGCUGAUGACGGCACUGGAGCGCAGCAGGGACGUCCUCAAGGCAGUGGACGACCAGGUGGACGCAGCACACCGCGCCAUGAAGCUGAGGGACAUCUCCAACAGGCUGGAUGUGAGGUCACAUGUAAUGCACAGGGGCAAGAAGUUAAAGAACAAAGAUAUAUUACAAGGAGGGCGUGUGCUUCGUCAUGAAGGAAUUGUGGGAUUGAAGAUGGGCCGAGGAGGGAAGGCGGUGGAAGUGUUGGCAGUCCUGCUGAAUGACAUACUCUUCUUCCUGCAAGAAAACAACCAGAAAUACUCGUUCUACUCUCAAGAUAAUAAGUACGGAGUUGUGUCCCUUUUCAACCUGCUGGUCAGGGAGAAGCAAGAUGAACGCGACACAAAGGGCAUCUAUCUUAUAUCGCAGAACAAACAAGCCCCAGUUAUGUUUGAAAUAGUGUUCAACUCGACGGCAGAGAUGAGCAAGUGGGCACACAUCCUCAGACAGACAGUGGCUCAAUGUCCAGAAGAAGAGGAGGAAGAGAUUACUGGGGCUGAAGAGGACCGCAGAAAACUGGAGGAAAAGUUUGCAGAGAGAAGUGCAAGAGCUCAGAACAUUAUUGAAAAACUGCGUCAGAUAGAUGAGGAGAUACGAGAGCAGUGUGAUGCCAAGAACCGGCUGAUAGUGGAGCUACUUUCUGUGUUCAGUGAAGAGGAGCAGCCCUCGUCGAGGCCUUGUUCCCAGAACUUGGAGGAGUUGCCCACCUCUGCAGAGAACACCUCCCUGGAGGCGUGUCUCAGCGACGUCUCAUCACAGCUGACCGCACUCCUGCAGGGCAAGGUGGCCACCAAUCUGGGUCGCUGCGUGAGUAGUGUUGGAGAGUACUCCAGUAACACCUUCGUCAACAGUCCCCUGCUGAAGAAGGCCGAAACUUUCGCUGGAUUUGACAAUGCAGAACGCAAAGUGAAGCGUCUAGAGGGAGAGGACGUGAGAGACAGCUACGUGGAACCACCAAUGUCAGCUGAUAUUAGUGACCUUGACCUGUCACACAACGUCUCAAAGACGAGCUAUGACAGCGAGGGAGAGAGCGGUCACGGGUCCUCUCCCAGCCUCACCACGUCCACCCACAGCGCCCUCUCCGUGCCCCCAGUACUGCCCUCCCCAGGGUUCCAAGAGCAGCCAAACAUUGCCAACAUUCUGAGGACGUUUAACAGUGUUGUGGGCCAGUACUGA